CCACGUGGCUGGCAGCUGCAGACAGGUGCUGUUGACCCCCCUGAGCCCGGGGCAGGGCCUCGCUUUCCCCGCGGGGGCUGGCGAAGAGAGGCGGCGGCCCGGGGAGAGGGGAGAGGGGGCAGGCAGGCUGGAGGAGGAGGAGGAGGAGGAGUGCGAGCAAUGGCAGGAGUUCAUGUCAGGGGAGAGGCGAAGAGGACGGAAGGGGACUGUGGAUUUACGUAGUCGUUCUCUCUGAUGUGAAUACAGCAUCUCUUGUCCCUCUGGGAUGCCGUAGGUGAUGCCUAGCUCUACUGCAAUGGCAAUUGGAGCUCUCUCUAGUUCUCUUCUUGUAAGCUGCUGUCUCAUGGUUGCUCUCUGUAGCUCCACCAUACCUGUGCAAAAACUGGCCAAGGCUCCAGACAAGCAGGAGAUAAAAACAAGCCAGGAAAAGAGGGAUCAUACAUCAACCAGGCCGGACAGUCAGAAUCAGACAGGCCCAGGGAAAAUGAAUGAAAUUGGAAGGAAUGGGCGGGAAGAGGGCACCAGAGAUUGGAAGAGCAAAGGAAACAGAAAUUAUUCAAACAAAGAAUCUUGGACUAAGCAAAAACAGGUUUGGAGUAGUCAGGGAACAAGCAGUAAAGCUGGAAACAUUCAAGCACAGGAGCAAAGGGAUGGUGUUCCAGAGGAACCUCAGGCUGCUGAAGAAUCAUCCCUCCCAGAAGUUGUUGCUAGUACUACUCCUGAGCCUCCAGAGGAGUAUGCCUAUCCAGACUACCGUGGGAAAGGCUGUGUGGAUGAGAGUGGCUUCGUUUACGCUAUCGGGGAGAAGUUCACUCCAGGUCCCUCUGCUUGCCCCUGCCUUUGCACUGACGAGGGACCUCUGUGCAUUCAACCCGAGUGCCCAAGACUCCAUCCACGGUGUAUUCAUGUAGACACCAGUCAGUGCUGCCCACAGUGCAAAGAGAGGAAGAACUACUGCGAGUUCAGGGGAAAGACCUACCAGACGCUAGAAGAAUUCAUGGUUUCCCCAUGUGAGAAAUGCCGUUGUGAAGCCAAUGGUGAAGUGCUGUGCACAGUGUCUGCUUGUCCUCAGACUGAAUGCGUGGAUCCAGUGUAUGAGCCAGAUCAGUGCUGCCCCAUCUGCAAAAAUGAUUUGGAGGAUGGGCUGUCUCUUUCCUGGUCAAGCUGAAAUAUUGCUGAGUAGAAGAACGUUGGGGAGUUGAGAGGAGAAAAUAGAGGGACUCUAGGUAUAUGCCCUUUCACAGCUCUGCAAUUUGUCCAUCUCAAGCCAGUGCUCUACUGAUUCUUCACUUUCUCUAGCACCAUAUUUUAACCAUAAACAGUCAUAAAUCAGAUUUUCCUAGGAGGAGAACUAAGUAACCAUUUGAUUUAUGAAUUGAUUUGGAUUACAUAUUAACAUACAUCUGACAGUGACUCUUUUCACAGAAGACCUUUGUUUCAGCAGUUCAGUUGUGACUAAAACGUGUGAGAUGAAGAGCAAUAAUUCUGGUGCUAAUACUCUGAAAGAGAUCUCAAUGCCCUGUACAAACUGGGGCACAGAGAAAUGAAGUGACUUGUGCAGCAUUCCACACCAGGUCUAUGGAAGAGCUGGGUUAGAACCCAGGUCAUCUGAUUCUUGGUCCAGUGAUCUAACUGCUCCCUUGAUUAGCUGGUGAGGAUUCAUGCAAGCUCCUUGUUUGGGGGGCGAGGGGGAGGGCACCAUCUGUGUCCUAAAAUAACAAGCCUGAAAUAUCUGAACUAACGCAAAUGGAUUGCUAGGGUUUAAAGAAACACCCCUAGGAGCUUAUGAGUGAUGCACCGUAUAAUUCCUGCACGUCCUUCACCCUACUCUGGCCACUCCAGCAUCACACAAAGAGUAGGAAAAACAGGAGGAAGAGCCAGGUUUCUGUUCCAAUGAAUGGGAGUCCUGUUGCUGCUGAAGCCCCAUUUUCUCUCUUGCAGUACCUGGCUGCCCAGCCCAAGCCCAGCUUUGAAGAGCCAGUCCUGUAAAGGAAGUCUUAUUUCUUCCAAAUUAACCUCCCCACAACUCUUUCCAUAUCAGCUAAGGAGACUUCCAGCAAUCAGUGGGAGAGACCCAUCCACUUCAAGAACCAAAGGAGACCAACUCCUCACCUGAGCAACCACCCUAUAAAAAGCAGCUCCAAGAUGACCCACCUUCUGCCACCACUGCUCCUCUGAGGAAUAGCCGCCAUUUAGGGCAACCACCUAUAUAUUGCUUCCAUGAGGCGCUAGAGGAGGGGAUGAGUCGAGGUGCUGGGCCAAGGAUGAGUGUGGAAGGAUUGUAAGACUUAGGGGCAGAGAGAAAAGAGUGCGGAAUUGAGGGAUUUUUGAGAAGAGGGGUACAUUGUAUUUUCCCCAGGGAAAUCUCACGUGACUGAGAUGGAAUAUAUGUUGGGAGACUCUUGUUAAAAUGUUAAUAGCACUGGCUCUAAUCAGUAGACCAUGCAGAGGUAUUUGGGGGGGGGGGUAUUCAGAUAACUGCACAAUCUGAUUAGCU